AUUUGUUAAUUAUAUCAUCCUCUGUGUCAUUUACGUUGAAUUGACAACAUGCCCCUUACGGUGGUCCCUAUUUGUCCCUGGCUUCUGUUGGAUAAAAUUCUCCAAAAACUACACACCGAAAUGGCGUUCAAAGGAAACUUUCCAUUGUUGUGUGGUGACAGAGAUAGGUAAAUGUACAUUUUGGUUGUAGUUUUUGUCUUAGUUUAUGGAAUAUGAGUUAAUAGGGGAAUAAUAAGCAGUUGUUGUCACUCGGAAAGCGUUGCACGUGCGUCGGUAAAUACACAAUACGGGUUGUCCCGUGGAUGGGGCCCAAACAGAAAAAUCAUUAUCUUAGUACACACACGCGGUACACUAAUGGCCGACCUCUUUGUCUUCGCCAAGUCGUUGGCUCGUUAUUUGUAUAUAUUCUAUGUUUUUUUGGUAAUUUUUAUGUCUGAAUUUGUGUCGGGUUCUUAUUCUGAACCCCUAAGUACAAGCGAGAGAGUUUCGUUUCGUGGUUCAUCUCGACCUCAAUUGAGGCCCACGACGGGAUACUUAAUCCUCUAUAAGACUGUCUUUAUAAAUGAACUCUGUUAUAUAGCAGUUAUAUUUGAAAUAGGACUAUGUUUAAGUAAUAUCACAUAUUUCGUGUAGCUUUUACUGUGUUUUACCUUUUUCUGUAUUCAGAUAUAUUUCAAUUUUGAAAUAUGUAAAGGAAAUCCCCUUAUAAUAUUUGAGGUUGGGGAAAACCCCAGUUAUUUGGGAAGAUCCACCUUUAUUUUUACCUUUGUGCAUAUGGGAUGAACCAAACCUUGCUGUAGUUACGUAAGAUCAGCAAGGUGCUAGUCAAGUGCUGGUCCUGUCGAUGACACUACAAUGGACUUUAUAGAGAAGUAGGAUUGUACAAUACGUUGAUUAGGGUCGACCAGACACGCAUGUGGCUGGUGUUCGCCUCACAAUGACCGACGAAUCCAUGCUGAGUUUGUUUGAUGCGGACGGCGGAUUUUUGGAUGAGUUGACGGGAGGAGACACUGGGAUCGGGGGUCCUGGAAAUGGGAUGGACUCUUCCAUACUUGGCCCUAGUACAGGUAUGGGGAGCAUUCAACCUGAUCCACUGCUCAACACUGGCUAUGGUGCAUCUCAUUCUCAAAUGCCUAACCUCUCAGGGAACCAAUUUUCUGGCAUGUCCUACCAAAGUUCCAGUGCACCACAACAACAGUUUUCUUCGGAGAAUUUUGCUGCUCCCCAAUAUAAUGAACAGCAAGGAAUCAAUCAGAUGGCCAAUGUGGCUAUACCGGGUAUGAAUGGUGGACAAAGACAACCAAGAAUGAUGAUGCCGAACCAGCAGAUAACAACUCAACCUCCAUUUGGAAGUUCGUCAGCUGGUAGAGGAUUGAUGCAACAACAACAGCAACAACCAGCUCCAGGUGGGUAUCAAUCCUAUCGAAUGAGCAGUGCACCGAUGACGGGGCCUCGUCUUCCUAAUCCCCACCAGCGGCAGAUUGGGAUCACUCAGAACAUAUCACAACAGACCAAUAACAUGUGGAACAGUAGUCAGACUAGUCCUAGUCAAGCCAAUACCUUUUUCCAUCAACAGAGACCAAUGCAGUCUCAGCUUCAGCAGACCCCUCAACCUCAGCAACCGCAAAUGGCACCGUCACAACUUGGUGACGGAACCCAAAUGACAACUUACCUCACUCACCAUGACUAUGCCUUACCUAAAUCCACUUCAAAUAUUGUUCCCCAAGUAAAUGUUAGUCAAUAUCAGAACACUAGUGCAAACCAAGCGGGUGUGUACAAUAUGCAAAGGUUAGCCUCGCCGCCUGGUAAUCAUAAUGUUAUGUCUAAUGUGCCAUUGUCUGCCAGCAGUGCUUUGAAUGCUAUGACUCCAAUGCAGCAACAGCAGCAUCCUAUCCCACAGGUACAGCCAUCAUUCCAGCAACCCGGCAUCAGUUCAGCCAACAAUGUGCGGCUUGCCUACACUGCUAGUACACCGAUGCAGAAUAUGCCGCAACAGCAACCGUUCCAAGGAAAUUACUUGCACCAGCGACCUCAAGUAAACCCUGUUGUUCCAACGUCGAACUAUCAAAAUUUUCCAUUCCAACCGACACAGAAUGCUAUGUCACAAGGGAUUGGAGACACGUCUAGUCGUCUUAGCCAUUUCCAGAACACCAGCCCUAAUCAGACUUCCACACUUAUGCCUGGUUUUCCUACCAGUGUGAACUCACAACGUGUGACCACCCCAUCCCCCAGACCAACCCCACCUCCCCGACCAACGCCUCCACCAUCCCAUACCCCAGAUAUCACACAUACCUCCCCUACUUCUCAGGGAAAUGCAAGACAGUUACAUCAAUCUCAGAUGGAUCUAAUGUCCCCUCCCUCUGGAGGUCAGACCACGCCUACUGCCAGUCCUUACCACAGCAGUGAUGGUAGUAACUCCUCAAUGAACCAAACACCUAUCAAGUCUAAUACAUAUGCUCCAGGGGGGAACAGUCAGCCCUCUGUAAGCAUGAGGAUGAGUGUUAACACCAAUGUCCCAAAUAGAACUCUAGGUGUGGCCCCAGCGAGUCCAAACAUGAAGGCUCUCGGUCAGGGUAUGGUCCCGCCAACUGUGAACUUGGGUGGUCAGCCUGCUGUUGAGGUAGGCGGGCCAUCUGCUGUAACUAAUAUGAAUAUGAGUGGUCAACAAACUGUGAAUAUGAAUGGACAAAAUAGCAUGAAUAUGGAAAUUCAAAAUCUUCAGAAGCAGAUUCAGCAACUGCAUAGCAUGCCACAGACCAAUCAAACCCAACAAGGUAUGCUGGAUUUACAGGAACGAAUUAGAACGCUGCGUGCUAAACAAGAAUUAACACACCAAAGACAGAAGCAAAUGCAGCAGAUGCAGCAACAUAUUCCAAAUUCAAAUAUGGUUUCACAGCAACAGCCAAUUCAGCAACAGCAUAAUCAACAACAGCUUGUGUUUCAAAUUCCCAAUCUGCAACAGCAGCAGCAACAACAGGACAAUCAGCAGAAAGUGAUCCAUCUUCAGUCAACUGUGGGUGGAAGUGCCGGUACGGGGGCAAGACAAUCAUUCAUUCAAAUCCAACGACCAAACAUGCCCAACCAACCUCAGAAUCAACAACAGAAGAUUGUAAUCGUGAGUUCUCAGCCAGGGAGCACCAUGAGUAUGCUCCAACAACGCCCUCACAUAACCCAGCCACAAGGCCAGCAGGCCGGGCAGAUGGACCCGUCACAGGGUCAGUUCAACCAGGUGAUGUCCCAACCAGCACAGCAGAAUCUACAGGUGGUCAUACAGCCCCAGCAGCAGUCAGUAUUACAACAGCAAGGCCCAGUUAUGAUGAGUCCCCCUCAAGUGCCUACUUCAUCGUCUAACAUACCUCAACAGCCCUCGCAGGCCAACAUUGCUGCUAUGUCGGGUCCUCUAAUGCGUCAGGCCGUGGCCACCUCGGUCCAGCAGGUGCCAGCCCAAAAUAUGCCUUCCAAUAUGCCAGUGCUACAGAUACAACAGCUUGGUCAGUCUCAGCCACAGGCCAACUCUCAAGUACCCCUGGUGGCCUUCCAACCGAUGGACCAAUCGGAGCAUAUGGACACCAGUCAGUUGCUUGGUUCAGUCACACCAGGUACGACUGGAAGCAAGAAGUCUAAGAAAGCUAAGCAACAACAGGAAAAGGCCAACAGGAUCGUGGCAGAGGCUGUAGCCCGGGCUCAGGCUGCUGGGAAUACUGGAUUACCUCCCCUGUUAACCCAGAACACAGCCAUUCCCUCCACUGUGGGGGAUGUGACAACACCGGAAAUCAGGGACGAGGAUUAUGAUGAAGAGGGAGGCAAGAAAAAGAAGAAAACAAAGCGAAAGAAGAAACCAUCUGAACCUAAGACUCCAAAGACACCUAAAGCGAAGAAAUCUAAAACUCCUCCAGCUGCUGCAGCAGCAGGGGAUCCUUCUGAAAAGGUAGACAACGAGAAUACGGACACAAGUGGGGAUCUUAUUGUGGACAUUGAGGACACUACGCCAGUAACCCCGGAAAAGAAGAAAGCAGUUAAAAAACCCAAGUCAGAGUCCAAACCAAAGUCAUCUGUGAAAAAGAAAAAGAUACCACCAGCAACCUUUAUGAAGCUGAAGAAAAGAAAAAGAGGUGCAUCAUCUGAUGGCUCUGAUGUGGAGAUAAAGAUAACACCACCUCCUUCACCCGUAGGGGAUGAAGAAGGACUACAGAAACGUCGAUCGGCCAGAAAUACCAAGAGGAAGAAGUACAUGGAUGAUGUUGAUCUGAACUUGUCUGAGGAUGAUAACUUAGAUAUUGAUGUAGAAGGGACAGACAUAAUGAAAGCUCUGGAAGUCAACUCGGAGAAUGCUGUUGAGGAAGACAAUAAUAUUGUGGUGGAAAAGAUUCUGGGCAUGAGGAUGAGAAUUAGUGAUAAAGAUGUUGACGUGGAGAAUGAAGAUGAACCCCCAGAGGAGGAUGCCGAGGAGUUUUAUGUCAAAUACAAGAACUUUUCUUACCUGCAUUGUGAGUGGAAGACUGAAAUGGAGAUGUACAGAGAUAAAAGGAUCAAUCAGAAGAUUAAACGCUACAAGAUGAAGAAACUGCAGUCCAACAACUACUUCACCGAGAUUGACGAUGAAGAACUCUUCAAUCCUGACUAUGUGGAGGUAGAUAGGGUACUGGAUACCUCCAUAACGACAGACCCAGCCACAGAUGAAGAGACAACUCAUUUCCUGGUCAAAUGGAGAGGACUAGCAUACGAGGAUGCCACUUGGGAACUGCAGCAAGAUGUUGACCCGGAGAAAGUGAAAUUUUACAACCUGUACAAGGAACCCCCAGAUGAAGACGAAAGAGAACCUGUCGAGCGCCCGAAAGCCGAUGAAUGGAAGAAGAGAGACAAGACUCGUGUUUACAAGGGAGGUAAUACAGUGCGGGAUUACCAGUUGGAGGGUGUUAACUGGCUUACGUUUGGCUGGCACAAUGAACAAAAUUGUAUCCUGGCCGAUGAGAUGGGUCUUGGUAAGACUAUCCAGAGUAUAACCUUCCUUCACGAGAUAUUUCUCUCUGGCAUUCAAGGCCCCUUCCUAGUCGUCGUUCCGUUAUCCACUCUUGGCAACUGGCAGAGAGAGUUUGAAACAUGGACUGAUCAGAAUGUAAUAGUUUACCACGGAAGUACCGUGAGCAGGAGCAUGCUGCAGCAGUAUGAAAUGUUCUACCGUGAUGGAAAUGGCAAAAAAAUCCCUGGUAUCUACAAGUUCCAUUCUCUCAUCACCACGUACGAAUGCAUCAUUUCUGACUGUGAUGUCCUGAGCAGCAUUGAAUGGCGUUGUCUCAUCAUAGACGAGGCCCAUCGGCUUAAGAACAAGAAUUGUCGACUCAUGGAGGGUCUCCGCAUGAUCGACUGCGACCACCGAGUACUGCUGACAGGAACACCUCUCCAGAACAAUGUCGAGGAACUCUUCAGUCUCCUCAACUUCUUAGAACCAGAACGGUUUAGCUCCGUCAACAGUUUUAUGGUAGACUUUGGUGAUCUAAAGACAGAUUCACAAGUAGACAAGCUGAAAGCGCUGCUGAAGCCAAUGAUGCUGCGUCGGUUGAAAGAGGAUGUAGAAAAGAACCUGGCAUCUAAAGAGGAGACUAUUGUGGAGGUGGAACUGACCAACAUUCAGAAGAAGUACUACAGAGCGAUCCUGGAGCGGAACUUCACUUUCUUAUCCAAAGGAACCGGAAGCUCUACAAAUGUACCCAACCUGCUCAACACCAUGAUGGAGCUCCGCAAAUGUUGUAACCAUCCUUUUCUUAUCAAAGGUGCUGAGGAGAAGAUAUUGAAUGAAAUGAAGGAAAAACAUGGUGCCACACAAGAGGCGGCAUUCCUCUCCAUGGUCAACUCGGCCGGUAAACUUGUCUUGUUGGACAAACUGCUGCCCAAACUGAAGCAGAACGGCCACAAAGUUCUCAUCUUUUCUCAGAUGAUAAAAGUGCUAGAUAUCUUGGAAGACUACCUCAUUCAUAGACAGUACCUGUAUGAAAGGCUUGAUGGAAGGAUUCGGGGAAACAUCCGUCAGGAGGCUAUUGACCGCUUUUCCAAGCCUGAAUCUGACCGGUUUGUUUUCCUCCUGUGUACCCGGGCAGGUGGACUGGGCAUCAACUUGACAGCUGCCGACACUGUAGUCAUCUAUGAUUCUGACUGGAAUCCUCAGAAUGAUCUCCAGGCCCAGGCACGGUGCCACAGAAUCGGACAGAGUAAAGCAGUGAAGGUGUAUCGACUGAUUACAAGAAACUCGUACGAACGUGAAAUGUUUGAUCGGGCUUCCAUGAAGUUAGGUCUGGACAAAGCUGUGCUUCAGUCUAUGGGCGGGGAAAAGAACUCUCCACAAGCCCAGAUGUCCAAGAAGGAGAUAGAGGAGCUGCUCAAGAAAGGUGCCUACGGAGCUUUGAUGGAGGAUGACACUGAUGGUGAUAAGUUCUGUGAGGAGGACAUCGACCAGAUCUUACAGCGCCGCACACAGGUCAUACAGAUAGAGUCCGAGGGCAAGGGAUCCAUAUUUGCCAAGGCUAGCUUCUCCAUGACGGGUAACAGAGAGGAUAUCGACAUCAAUGAUCCAAACUUCUGGCAGAAAUGGGCCAAAAAGGCUGACAUUGACACGGAUGAACUGAAAAACAAGAAUGAAUUGAUCAUUCAAGAACCCCGUCAGAGGAAGAAGACAGCCCGCUUCGGUAAUGAUGAAUCCCUUCUUGACAUGUCAGAACUGGAAUCAAGCUCUAGCAACACAGAUGAGGAAGAUGAUGGUGAAGAUAAAGGUCUGUCUCGGGGCGGUCGUGGAGGGCGCAAGAGACGUCGUGGACGAAACAAGAACAAAGACGACGAUGACUUUGACGUAGAUGACUACAAUGGUGAAGGGUACUCCCGAUCAGAAUGCUUUAAAGUGGAGAAGCAUCUUCUGUUUUAUGGAUGGGGACGGUGGACAGACAUCAUUGGUCAUGCCAAGUUCAAGAGGAAACUGACGGAGAAGGAUGUAGAGAACAUCUCCCGAGCACUGCUUGUAUACUCAUUGCAACAUUACAAAGGCGAUGAUAAAAUCAAGGAGUUUAUCUGGGAUCUUGUAUCACCAUCUAACGACGGCUCACUCAAAAACCACUCAGGAUUGUCUGCCCCUGUUCCGAGAGGGCGCAAGGGAAAGAACAAGAAGAAAGAGGCACUACAAAAUAUUGACCAAUCUUUCGCAGUGGACAAAAACAAGAUUGAUAUUGACCCUGAGGUCGUAUUAAGAGAUGCUGGCUACCGCCGUCACCUCCACAGACAUGCAAACAAGGUGUUACUACGAGUAAGGCUGUUGUACUACAUCAAACAGGAAAUCAUCGGAGAGGAGGCAGAGAAGGUGUUCCAAGGAUUAAGUCCAAGUGAGAUGGACAUACCACAGCCUAAUGCUGACGGGGAGCCUCCGACUGCCUGGUGGGACGAUGAGGCUGACAAAUGUCUCCUUAUUGGGGUGUUCAAGCAUGGAUAUGAAAAGUUUAAUGCCAUACGAUCGGACCCUUGUCUAUGUUUCCUGACCAGAUGUGGACCACCAGAUGGGGCUGCCCUCGCUGCUGAACAGAAUGAUGACGAUGAUGACAUGGAUGAUACUCAGGGAAACACCAGUAUAUCCAAAGUUCUAGAUAUGCCAGACGAGGCGUCAGUUAGCUCCAUGUCGGAUGCUCUCAGCAAAAAAGGACCAGCUGUUGGUUCAGUUGGAACCGCACAGGCACCUGAACCGGAAGGGGACAAGCUUCCUUGGCCAACGCCCUCUGACCUCAACACGAGGCUGCGACGGAUGAUCACUGGUUUUCAGCGUAAUCACAAACGCCAACUGGUGAAAAAUGCUCAGAAAGUCAAGCAACUCCAGAAGCGGGAUAGGCUGGAGCUGGCCAUCAAGGAGAGGGAGUCUCAGCGUCGACAGUUUCAGCAGUGUCGCUGGUCUCGACGGGAGGAGGCUGAUUUUUACCGUGUGAUAUCAAGCUAUGGUGUGGAGGUUAACCUGAUCACAGGCAGAUAUAAGUGGGACAGGUUCCGAGCUCUCGCCCGCCUGGAGAAGAAGUACGACGAAACACUCACCGAGUACUUCCAGGCCUUUUACCACAUGUGUAUGAGGGUCUGCAAAAAAUUCAAAAAUGAUGACGAUGCACUGCCUCCAAACAACAUCUACGUGGAGCCGAUCACCGAGGAGAGAGCCAGCCGAUGUCUUGCCAGGAUAGACCUGCUCAACAGGAUCCGUGCAGAUGUGCUAUCCCAUCCAAAAUUUGAGGAGAGGGUGAAGCUUUGUCAAUCAUCCUAUGAUCUACCCUCCUGGUGGAUACCAGGCAAACACGACCGUGACCUUGUCAUUGGGGCUUCCAGACAUGGGGUUGUGCGGACCGACUAUAACAUACUGUAUGAUCCAACCCUGUCAUUUAAAGACAUUGUGAAGAAAGGAGUUCUACAGUUUACAACUGAAUCUCCUGGUCCUCAGGCAGCCAUGUCAACAAAGGAAAAAGAUGUGGAAAGUGAAUCAACAGUAAAGAAAGAAGAUUCAGGAGCAGAGUUGAAGGAUGACAAGCUGAAAAUUGAAAAAGUCGAAGAAGAAGCCGAAAUGGAAACCACAGAAAGUAAGGAAGUGUCUAAUGGUGUCAAAAAGGAGGAGGAAUCAGAAACUGAAAUAAAAGAUGAAGUGAAAGAGGAAAAGGAAGAAGUAAAAGAAGAAAAGGAGGAAAAGGAAGAACAAAAUGGACAGGAUAUGUCUAAGGACAAGGAAAGCAUGGAGGUUGAAGAAACGGACAACAAGGAAGUCAAGCAGGAGGACGAAGGGGAAAUGGAAGUUAAGACGGAAACUGCAUCAACAAAUGAGGAGAAGGAUGAUGCUGAAGAGAAACCGGAAAUGGAUAAGGAGGAUGACAAGGGAAAUGAAGAGGUUAAGAUGGAGGUAGAGCAGAAAAAACCAAUAGAAAAUGGCCACCUAGAGGACGAGGAGGAGGAAGAAAAACCUGUAAACCUAGGAGUAAAGGUUGAGGAGCGGGAGGAACCAAAGGUUCUGAGUGAUACAGAGAUGGUGCGUAAGGUUAUCGAGGCUGUGAAGGAACGACGAGAGGACCAGCUGUUGGACAGGAAGUUCACCAGGGAAGAUGAGGAGCUGCAGAAAUUUAUGAUUGCCGACGACUUUGAUCCAGAUCUGCCUCCAGGGGAAUUCAAUGCUCUUGGAGUCUCCCUGAACUGGCCAAAGGAUCGUGUGGUUUUUCAUCGGUUAGAACACAUCUGCUAUUGUGUGGAACAUGCAGAAUGGCCUUUCCCCAAGAGAAUGAACCCACUGACUGACUCGCGCAGCGGCACCCCUAUUGGAUCACUGACACCAAAGGAAGAUGCUGACCUGAGUCAUUCCGAUGCUGGCGACUCCGUGUAUGAUGGAGUGAAGGUGAUGAAUGUGGGCGUAGAUAGAUUAGAUAAGGACUUUGAAGUUCAGAUGACGGAGGGAGAUGGUUUGAAGAUGACGUUCCAUAGACGGGCUGCAGCACAGAGGAAGUAUGAAAUGGAACUAGAGCGUGAACGGGAACGGGACGUAGGGGGCCGUGUUCAACAGAUACUCAACCAAAAUAUGCAGUCAACAGCCUCAAGCGAUGAUAGCCAGUCAGACAUGACGCCUCGUUCUCAGGUACUCGGUCAUUCACCGCGCCAAUCACCUCAUCAAUACUACUAUCCACAGACUCCAGCUGAGAUGAUGACCAAUGGAGGGCCAGAAUUUGACCCGGUUCUUCUGAAAAGGAGCUUGAUGGAACACGCACUUAUGUUCCCUGAGAGAAGACGAAGAGGUCGAAAGAGGAAAGCUGAAAAAAUGGCAGAAAUUGCUAUGGCUGAAGCCCUGGCGAGGAGAAGUCAGGCGCGGGCCUUGGUCACUCUUGAUUGUGAAGCGCGGGUCCCUGUGAUAAACCUGGAGGAUGGCAGUCGUCUGUCUGGGGAUGAGGCUCCAUUGAAGAAGGACUUGGACAACUGGUUGGACCAUCAUCCAGGGUACAUGGUGGACAGGCCGGGUGAAAUGGAAGAGGUCGAGGACUUCUCAGAGAUGGCAGCAUUACAGCGGUUACAGGAAACCCCGGAGAAGAGGAGAGGGCGACGACCCCGGGUAGACCCUGCGAUGCUUGACCAUAAUAAGCUAACAGGAGAAGAAAAUGUGUCUGUUAUUCAUAGAUUAACAGGGAAAAAGAUAACUGGUGCUAAAGCUCCUCCUUUGAAAUACCUAGCCGAAUGGUUGGAGCAAAAUCCCUUCUUUGAUGUUGACUCAAAGUGGACAGAUCUAGUCAAAGCUAAGGGCAAGCUUCCCAAAUCCUUACUGUCUCGUGUGAUCACACCUUCAGAGAAGAGAGGGCGUGGAAGGCCUCGUGAAAACCUUCUCUCACAGUCAGUGUUAGCUGGAGAAAAUCCAUUCACAUCCAUGGCAGGAUUUUCUGGUAUUAAUUCUCCAGGCAUGAUGACUGGCUUUCACAAACUACCUCUAGGGAUGCCCUUUGGAUCUCUACCUCCGCUCGGAAUGGCCAAUCCAAUGCUUGGGUUAGCUGGCUUUAUGCCUGGACUACCUACCUCAUCACUCACCAAAGAGUUUGAAUCUUCUAAGAAAGAUAACUCUCCAAAUAAAAAAGACAAGUCAGACUUGAAAUCUUCAUCUAGUAGUACCCCUACACCCCACCCAUCAUUCCCAAACCUCAUGUACAAUCCACUCAUGUUUAAUCCGUUACUGGCAGCCCAGGCACAGCACCUUGGCUUCUCCCUCCCCACCAGUUUACCCACCUCCUUCGCCUCACUUGCUGCUCAGUCGGCCAUGAUGAAUGGUCAGGGAGGCGACUCAGACCUGGAAGAAGGAGAGAUUAAACGUUACCCUACAAAACUGCACCAGGAUAUGGCACAGGAUUUGUCGGUCAAAAAGAACUCCAAGCCUACUCCGAAACGAAGGCGGGAUGACCGAGAACGAUCCUCAAAUUCUACGGUGCGGGAUGAACAGGAACAGCCAUGUGAUCUCUCGAUGAAAGUCAAACCCAAAGAACAUUCGUCUCAUAAAGAGCAGUCCCGGGUUCAGCACAGAGAGUCAAAUAAAUUACCUCAUAAGGAACACCACAAAGUACCUCAUAAAGAACAGCUGGGUAGGGAGCCAUCAAAGGAACACCAUAAGUCUCACCACAGAGAACACCCAGGAGAGCACCACAAGGAUUCCCACCACAGGGAACAACACCACAAGGAUUCCCACCACAAAGAACCACAUAGAGAAUCGCAUCACAAAGAUCCACACAAGGAUUCCCACCACAAAGAUCCACACAAGGAAUCGCACCACAAAGAUCCACACAAGGAAUCGCAUCACAAAGAUCCACACAAGGAAUCGCAUCACAAAGAACUGGAAAAGGAACAAGCAUUUGAACUGUCUCAUAAAGAAACCAAAGAUUUCACUAAGGUAAAGACUAAAAUUCAAAGCUCGUUUAAACUGAGCAGAAUUGUGGACUCGUUAAAAGACAAAGUGAAAAAAAUGGAAGAUAAAGGAAAAUCUAAAAAGUCAAAACUUGACAGUAUUUUGUGUAAACUUAAUUCAAAGACAGAUGGAGAUGAGGAGACCAGCCAAUCAAGUGUGACACAGGAUGAGGAGGCCAGUUUAACCACAAGUGUGGAAAAUGAAGGGUUAGAGGAGGUGGGGCCAGACCCAGAGGAGACUGGGCCUGGUUUAGAAGGAGAAGGGCCCGAGCCAGAGGAGGCUGGGUUUGGGGAGGAAGGCCCAGAAGGGGAUGGGGAGGAAAUGGCAGCCAGUGAAACGGAAAACAAGGAAACGACUGAGAAUUCAGCGAGUGUCGUUGAACACACGGAGAAGUCUGUUGGGGAGGAGGAAGAGGAGGUUGUUGCCGACUCCUGAUGUGGAGGAACUGAAGUGUUGUCUCAUUCAGUCAUUGUUGUGCAAUACAAACCUCCCUCUCCUGUACCCCACAGGUUGUUAUCGGUAGUGUUACGUAGUUGUACAAUGUGGUCGACAGAAUAGAGGCUCCCUUACUAGUGUGAGAGUGUGUAUAUGAGAGAGGAUGUUUGCGGGCGAGUGUGAUAUACUGUGAUUAUGCAUCAGAUGUGUUGUGAAACUUGAAAAAACAGUCAUUUCUCACCGUGUCUAUUAUUAUUCCCAUGUAAAGUGUGAUCACAGCCAUUUUUCUGGAUAUUUUUUUUCCAACUUGAGUUUUUGGUGAAAAGUGCAUAUCAGUAAACAAAUAUGGUGUGUUUUUUAUGUGCCCACUGGAUCCUACCAGCUGCUGGUAUACUGUCCAAUACUGCGGGUUACCUCUUCCAAUUACUCAACUCAUCAUCAGUGGGUCUUAUUCCUCUAUCAUUUCAGGCCUGAUUGAUUUGUCCCAUGUAAAAUUCCUGUUGCUCACCGAUGAUUGAUUUUGCGUUUGAUGCGUUUGAUGCGUUUUGUAAAUAUGAAAUCAGAACUUAUUUUGUCUUAAUACUUUAUUUUUGUUUUGAUUUUAAAUGUUUCCUAGUUCUAAUUUAAGAGAAAAUACAGAUGACUGGUCGUUAACAAUGAUAACAUUAUGUUAUUGUCUACUUCAGACAUCGGAACGAACAGAAACAGCAUGUGAAAUCUUGUUUUUUGUAAUAAAACCAACGACUACAUGAGAAACACACAUCUGAAUGAAUCACAGUUUCUGAUUUAGAUGGUAGUAGUAUAGUAUUGUGAAAUAUGGAAUUAAAGAUACCAUUAUGAUAAUCAUGAACAAAAAGAAUUUUGAAGGGAACAGUAUUGGCUUCAGAACAAGAUUUGUGUGUUUCUAGUGUAUGACUGGUUCUAGGAAUCUGGUUGAUAGAUAGGUAGCACAAUAUGUAUGAUCUCAGCAUAUUAAUGUUAUUAUAAAAGGGUUAUUGGUAUGUGACUGUGUCCCCCUUGAUCUGACCGCUUGUCUUGGGGGACCACGUCUAAACCAUACUUCAGGGCUACCCUAUAAGCUUUAGUAUUGAACUUUUGUUUAAACUGUCAACACUGCAAUUUAUUGUAAACAUACUUAUAUUAGCAGGAUCCUAUUUUGGCAAGUUAAGAUAUUAGCUGAUAAUUUAAUGGUUAUGCAUCGGAGUGAGACAUAAGGAUGCAUGUGUACAAUGUAAAGACGCAGACCUGUGUUAAGUGCUAAAUAAAAUAAGGUUGCUGCUAAUAUAGGUAUAUUGUAUUGAUGACCCAUGUAUGUGUAGCAUUAGAUAUCAUCAUUCAUAUCCUGGCCAGCACUGUAGAGGAGCCUGUUCUCCAAGUCAUUUACAAUGAUACAAAGAUACCGAGAUAAAGUGAUAAAAGAAUACCUCAAAGAAGAGAUUUUGUAUAUGGCUCAAAAAUGUUUCAAUGUUGAUUCCAAUGUAAUGUGAUACAAGUCUCUCAUUACAAAAUAUCAUCAAUAAGGCUUUGCAGGGCUGGUAGGUCCUAGUAUAUACAGUUAUAACAAUUGUAAGUAUGUGAUGCUGGUAAACAGGCUUCGUUACACUGUGUUGAGCCAUUCAUUAAGUGACCACCAUCAUUUUACUGUGCGUAUAUACUUAAACCAUUCAGACUGUACAUGCAAUACACUGGCCACCAUCUGAUGUGCUAACUAAGCACUUGAUUUAAUAUUCAUUCACCUGGCAUCUUCAAUGUAAAACCGGUAUACAUGUACUCUCAAUAUUACUAUCAAUGUAAGAAGAUCAAAGAAUUGAUGUCAAACCAAGUAUUAAAGGUUUUACCAGAACAUUGAAUGCAUUAUAUUCUUCUUAUGGCAAAUGAAAACAAAACACAUCUUUUUUUAUUUUAAGUUUAACCCUUUCACCCCUAUGUAGCUUAGUAAACUCUACCAUGCAUUUACCUGGAUGAGUCCAUUAUGGUCUACAGUGGUGAAAGGGUUAAUCUUUUGUAUGUUGAAGGUGAUGCUGGUCAGUGUGUGGAAUGUACAGCACUCUUGUCACAGGGACUUGUAGGUUAAUUGACUUAUCUGGAUACGUCCGUUUGCAUGGUACAGUUUAUAGUGUGUUAAUCUGUGCUUUAUAAACGGGCACACCUCCUGACAUUCAAGCUAACAUACAAUUUCCUGCACGAAGUAUAGAAUGUUUUGGGAACUGGCUUACAACCAUUUAGUCCAAUCCGGUUACCGUACCAUGUAAGCUGGUGAAUUGUCCUAGUGGCAUGGAGUCUAUUUUUGGGUAAAAUGCUGUACUGCAGGAACAAGUAUAUCGCCCUAAUGUCCAUAUUAAUAAACCUACAAGCCCCUGUGCUUUCAGUCAUGAAUUGCUCAGUCUCACUCAGGUGUCUAUGUAAAACUAGUCGAGAUGUGAUCACCGUGUCAUACGAAAUGCCAAAUGCAGUGCAAUUCCUUUAGAUUCUCUAUAAACAAAGUCUGAUUCAGACAAGUAACCAAUUCCAUAAUGGGAAUAUGAAAAUUGCAUGUCGGGUAUUAAGUUAAUUGUAGUGUACUGAGGUCCCAUGUGUGGUCGAAGCUACAGGUAGCUAGAAAGUUGACAGUGAUUACCAUGUAGCUAUGAUUUUAGUAUGUUAAGGUAUUGAAUGAAGUGCAAAGUGCAUUAAGUAGCACCUUUGAUAUUGAUUAUUGUUUACUUAAUUUAGGUUGUUUCCUGCCCUUGUGUAGCCCUAGCUAUUCACUGCUGUACAUUGUUUUUGUACCAGUGUACAGUGUGUGCUAGUGUACAGCGUUUUGUCUAAUAUGUACAGCAUACAUAUCUUUGAGUGUAAAUAUCACUUUUCACCUUCACAAAAUGUUCACACAUGAAUACAGUCAAUGAAUUUGAACUUUGACCUUUGGUCACAAGAUUCAAUCGAAAGAAUAUAUAUUGAUGACUUAAUAUUUUCCAGAUACCAUGGUUACAUGUUUCUUUCUUUUUUUUUUGGUUCUCCUAAAUCAAAAUGUUGAUUGUACAAUGAGAUAGGUGAUGUAAGUUAUUGAAAAUAACAUGAUAAAUUAUUGACACUGUUAGUCACAUGGUUGCUGCUACAUGAGAGAUUUUUCCUACUGUAUUAUCAGUGUGAACUGUAUGGGUGUAUUUAUUGAAAAUGACAAAAGAUUGUAUGCAUCAUUAUUUUUUAUUAAAAACAUGGAUUUGGU